AAAGCACUUACGUCUCGCGCCUGUGUUUGACUGCUUGAGAUUUGCCACCUUUGACAACGAGUGGAUUUAUUACUUUAUGACUGCUUCAUGUAGAUUCACUAUACCCUAAUAUUUAGAGAAUCAGCACGUUUGCGUUUCAUGUGGCAAGCAAAUUGAAAAGAGUACAAGUCCCCCAAAAAAGGCGCCAUGCUGCUUGUUUUCUUUUGAGGAGAACUGGCGAAAACCAAUAUUGCAAUGGGCCUUUCCUGACUCUUUGGUAUUGUCCGUUGCCAAUAGGAUGAUCGCAAAUAUUUUUUUGUAAGUAAACGUGUGUGUUGUUUUUGUGAAAUCGUACCCUGAAAUGUCUCUUUGAUAUGACUAAGAUGUCCACUAGAUGGCCACAACAUUUUUUUGUUAGGUGGCGCUCUAGUUUUUGAUAGUUACUUGGUGCGGACUGAUUGUACUUCCUGUCUUGGUGUAUGUACACACACCUCCUUCAUUUUGAGGCACUUGAAACCAUUACAUGGUGUACUUUAGGGACUAAAUUCUUCAAUCUGUGCCUAUUUUUUACUCUGGCAUUUUAAACUUUUUGGAAGCUUUUACAAAAACAAAACUUGCUCUAUGGGUUGCAUCAGCGUUACUACAUGUGCACCCUAAAUUACUGCGUCGGGGACCCACAGCAAAGUCCAACGUACAGACUUUCUUUCGAAUGUGUGAAAUGACAUGGAUGGAUCGGAGCUUGUGUGGCACCUGUUACCAGAAUGCAGUAACUUUGCUGGGCUUGUCAAGAAUAUUUCUCAAGAUGGUAAGCAGUCAGCCGAAGUACGACCUUAUUCGGGAGGUGGGUCGUGGAAGUUAUGGUGUGGUAUAUGAGGCAGUAGUAAGGAAAACUUCUGCUCGUGUAGCAGUCAAAAAGAUUCGUUGCCAUGCCCCUGAGAAUGUGGAGUUGGCUUUACGUGAAUUUUGGGCACUCAGCAGUAUCAAAAGUCAGCAUCCUAAUGUGAUUCAUCUGGAAGAGUGCAUCUUGCAGAAGGAUGAUAUGGUACAGAAGAUGUCUCAUGGCUCUAGUUCAUCUCUUUAUCUGCAGCUUGUAGAAACGUCCCUUAAAGGAGAAAUCGUUUUUGACCCUAGGAGUGCUUAUUAUUUGUGGUUCGUCAUGGACUUCUGUGAUGGUGGAGACAUGAAUGAAUACCUGUUAUCCAGAAAGCCUAGUCGCAAGACUAAUACAAGUUUCAUGCUUCAGCUCAGUAGUGCAUUAGCUUUCUUACACAAAAACCAAAUCAUUCACAGAGACCUUAAGCCUGAUAACAUCCUGAUUCUGCAAAGUAGGACCUUCACUGGAGCCCCUGAACCUACUCUGAAGGUGGCAGACUUUGGCUUGAGUAAAGUUUGUUCUGCUUUGGGUCUUAACCCAGAAGAACCAGUAAGUGUGAACAAAUGCUUCCUUUCCACAGCAUGUGGGACAGACUUCUAUAUGGCCCCUGAGGUUUGGGAGGGGCACUAUACUGCAAAAGCAGAUAUUUUUGCUUUGGGAAUAAUAAUUUGGGCUAUGGUAGAGAGGAUUACCAUCGUAGACACUGAAACCAAGAAGGAAUUACUUGGUAGCUACGUUAAGCAUGGUAGUGAGAUUGUACCUGUGGGGGAGGCACUGCUGGAAAAUCCCAAAAUGGAAUUGAUCAUACCUCUCAAGAAAAAGUCAAUGAAUGCCAGCAUGAAACAGUUGAUUAAGGAGAUGUUGGCAGCUAACCCCCAGGAUCGACCCGAUGCUUUUGAAUUGGAACUGAGACUGGUCAAAAUUGCAUACAGAGACUGGGCCUGGGAUACGUGAUUAACUGGAGAGACUUUUUUUAAACUACUACGUUUGUUGUUUCUUGAUGGUUUUGCCAGUCUGGGAACAAAAUGAUAUUCCUGUUUCAGGAUUUUUUUAUUUAUUUUAGUUGCCAUGUAACCUGAUACUGGAAAAUAUUCUGGAUUUGCAGUUUUGAUUGUGUACUCUUCCUUAAAUUUAAUUUUUUUUUAUUUUUUGACCCUGUGUACAUAUGUAAAGGCAUGAAUUGUCCACUUUUUGUAUACAAAUGGGCCGAGCCUGGCAUGACACUUGCACAUAAGACCAUACUGUGACGAUUUUGAAGUUUUUCUUUUUGAUUACUGAGCAGUUCUUUCUUACCACAUUCCCCUUUCUGGACUUGUAUUCUGGAGGAGCAUGGAUUGCAUGCUGGCAGUGCAAAUCCUGAAUGUUCUAACAGGUUCAUUCCAUAUAUUAAAUACAUACAAAUUUGUUCUAAUUGAAA